AUGGAAGCUGCAACAGAGCUCGAGCUUGAUUUGGAGCGCAAGUCGUCUUUCAAGGAGUCGGAUUCUGAGGAAAUCGAAUACACUGCGGAGGAAGAGCGGCGUCUGCGGCGCAAAUUCGACUUCCUCCUCAUCCCGCCGUUGGCCUUCCUGUGCGUAUAUGCGUGUAACGUCGCAAAUGCGAAAACUGCUGGCUGGGACAAGGACAUCCACCUCAAAGGAGACCAGUACUACAUCCUGGUCAUGAUCUUCUAUGUGUCAUUCUGUCUAUCCGGCACUCCGAUGAGUCUGCUUGUGAAACGGUUUAGUGCAGCCAGAGUGCUGCCGAUUCUCAUGGUUGGAUUUGGUUCGAUGUCGUUGCUGACAGCAGCAGCCAAGAAUUUCUCAGAAAUCUUCGCCAUCCGCUGGUUUCUCGGCAUGUUCGAGAGUUCGGUGCUCCCAUCCGUCGUACGUGUGCUCAAAUCUUAUCAGCCUGUGUCGUCUCAAAACAUGGUCCGAAAGAUCUACUAUCUCUCCACGUUCUACACACGGGGAGAACUCGCUUCAAGACUUGGACUGUUCUACGCCGCAUCGUCCAUUUCGGGGGCAUUUUCUGGUAUGAUAGCCUACGGGGUGCCUCUGGCUUCUGUGAACAAUUUUCUGCCGCAGGUGAGCCGGUGUUUCACCGAAACAGUUCCAGAAUGGCUCAAAGCUAUGCAGAUUGUGGCCAGCCUCCACUUCAGCACGGUGAAGACUAACCUGUAUACGGUGGCACCCAAUAUCGCCGGGACCGUCGCAUUGCUUCUGCUCUCAUACUCCUCCGACUACUUUCGAGAACGAUCGAUCCACACUUGCUUGCCAUUGGCAAGUGGUCUGAUUGGAUUCAUCAUUCUUGGCACAGUAGAUGCCGUCCAGCAUGUGCGCAUCGCAUACUUUGCGUGCUUCUGCUUGACUUGCGGGGCCUUUUCACCCACUGUGCUCAUGUCAGUUUGGUAUACAAACAACACACAUCUAGAAAGUCAGCGCGCAGUCGUUGCCGCGGUGAUGGUUGCAGUGGCCAAUUCCGCUGGUUUGAUCAGCACCAACGUCUUCCGUGCUCAGGAUGAGCCACGUUACAUUCCCGCUCUGGCAACUUCGGCGUCGUUCAGCGCACUCUGUAUCGUCUUAGUGCUGGCGACGCGCUUCUGGAUGCGCUGGGAGAACGCCAGACGAAACCGGGAGCAGGGGGUUCAAUUGACAGCAGAGGACGUGGACACUUCGACCUUGGCAGAGGGACCUGCAUCACCUCUCUUCCGUUACAUGUAUUAGACCGUAUCAGCGACGCGCUCAUACUUACAGAACGAUCAAACACCUUCAAGGGCACGUGUAUUUUUUGGGAUCUACGCAAAAAAUGGUUAUUGAGCAAUGUUAUAUAAGACCCGCCUUUAGUGCCUAUGACAGAUAAACCUGUGCAUCAUAUUGCAUUCAGAGGAAAAAAGAGCAAGAAUUUGGGGCAUGCGAGGAGAACCCAACGAUUUGUUACUGGUGUGCAGCCAUGAUCGCAUCCGAGAUGAAGGCGGCAGACACUUGAUUGCCUCCAAACCAGCGCCCGUUCAGACCUUGCACCGCGU